AUGGACUCAGACGUGUCGCAAACCUUUCAUGAAGAACUUGCCUGUCUUGUCUGCUUGAAUUACCUCACAGACCCAGUCACCAUGGGCUGUGGGCACAGCUUCUGUUGGCCAUGUCUCUGUGUGUCCUGGGAGGAAGCCGAGAUCCCUGCGCGUUGUCCCGUUUGCAGGGAACCAUCAGAGCAGACAAACUUUAAAACUAAUAUUCUUCUGAAAAAUCUUGUGUCCAUUGCCAGGAAGGCCAGCCUGCGGCAAUUCCUGAGCUCUGAGCACUAUAGGUGUGGGCUGCACAAGGAGACAAAGCAGAUCUUCUGCGAAGACGACAGGAGCCUGCUCUGUGUGCGCUGCUCUAGCGCGCAGGAGCACGAGGCUCACAGGCACCGCCCCGUAGAAGAGGCUGCUGAGGAACACCGGGCGAAGCUCUCAAACCACAUGAGAUCUUUAUGGGAAAAGAUUCAAGAAAUUCAAAGAAAUCCCAGUAAAGAUGGCAGAAUAUCUGUCUAUUGGAUGAAGUAUCUGUAUGGACGCCAAAGUGAAACCAGGGCUUUUUAUGAGACAUUGCAACUGGUUUUCCAUGAGGAAGAAAAACAAUAUUUAGAGAGUGUCAUUAAGGAAGGGUCAACGGUAUUUGAGCAACUUGAGAAACUCGAGGCUGAAAUGGCUGAAAAGAAAAUCAGCCUGAGGAUGUAUGACGAGCUCGUGAAUGUGUGUCUGAGACCAGAUGUAGAGUUGCUUAAGGAAUUAGGAGACACACUGAGAAGGAGCGAGCAGGUGCAGCUGCACAUGCCUCAGCCUCUGCAGCCAUGGCUCCCUGCACGACCCAUUGCUGGAUUGUUGGACAGGCUCAAUUGCUUCCGAGUGCAAAUUUCCUUCACUAAUGAAAUAAGCAAUCACAAUAUCAGACUGUUUGACGAUGUGAGAAGUCUGAGGUUUAAGCAUGACCAUAUAUAUAUGUCUCUGGAUCCUGGAACAUCGAACUAUUUUGCUGCAUGGGGAGCGCAGGCCUUCACCUCUGGCAAACAUUACUGGGAGCUGCAUGUGGACAAGUUUUGGGACUGGGCUGUUGGGGUCUGUAAGGAAUCCUGGCUGAGGAAGAAUGGUACGCUGAUUGAAUCUCAGGACGAAUUUCUCCUUUUAUGUGUGAAGGAGGAUAAUGGUCACGCUCUCUGGACCACUGCCCCGAUGACUCGUCAGUACAUAGAGAAACCUCUGGGCAGGGUUGGUGUGUUUCUUGAUGUUGACAGGGGAAGUGUAAGUUUUGUGGAUGUUGCAAAGUGCUCUCUCAUAAAGCAUUCCCUCAUUACACCUUCCCCACUUCAGAGGGAUCUAGAGGACAUGUUCAAUUUCCCUUUUAGGCCUUUCAUUUACACUGGGCACACCUGA